AUGGAGAAGGGAAAUGAAACUUUGCUGACAGACUUUGUUCUCACAGGACUCUCAUAUCAACAGGAGUGGCAAAUCCCACUGUUCCUCGUGUUCUUGGUGAUCUAUCUCAUCACCAUUGUGGGAAACCUCAGUCUUAUUGUUCUCAUCUGGAAUGACUCUCAACUUCACAUCCCCAUGUACUUAUUCCUUGGGAGUUUAGCCUUUGUGGAUGCUUCCAUAUCAUCUGCAGUUAUUCCCAAGAUGCUGAUCAACUUUUUCACCAAAAGUAAGAUGGUAUCUUUUUCUGAAUGUAUGAUUCAAUUUUUUUCCUUUGCAUUCAGUGCAACUACAGAAUGUUUCCUCCUGGCAAGCAUGGCAUAUGACCGUUAUGUGGCCAUUUGCAACCCUUUACUUUACCCAGUAAUUAUGACCAACAGACUGUGCGUCAGGCUGUCGGUCUCAUCAUUUGUAGGUGGGAUCAUACAUUCUGCAAUUCAUGUAAUAUUUUCAUACAGAUUAACAUUCUGUACUGAGAAUAUAAUACAUCACUUUUACUGUGACAUCAUACCAUUGUUUAAGAUUUCCUGCACUGAUCCUUCAAUUAAUAUUCUGAUAGUCUUUAUUUUUUCUGGCUCAAUUCAAGUAUUCACCAUUACAAUUGUCCUUGUCUCAUAUUCACUUAUUCUUUUUACAAUCUUAAGAAAGAAGUCUGCAGAAGGCAUAAAGAAAGCCUUCUCCACCUGUGGAGCUCAUCUCUUAUCUGUGUCUCUGUACUAUGGUCCCCUUCUCUUCAUGUAUGUGCGUCCUGGAUCUGAACAAUCAGAAGACCAAGAUAUGACAGCCUCUGUAUUUUACACUAUUAUAAUUCCACUGCUAAAUCCAAUUAUCUACAGCCUGAGAAAUAAGAAAGUAAUAGACUCACUAACAAAAAUGCUAAAGAGAAGUGUGUAG